CACGCCCCUUGUUCUCUGCUCGCUGGAACAUUUUGUUUUUCGGAAGCCAAUUUACUUGCCACACUUGCUCCACUAAUGGCAAUAAGCUGACUUCGCAAAAUUCUCUGCACUUUAUUGACACGUUGACGUUAAAUCUCCCUUGAACGUGACAAGACGGGCGUCAAAUUUGAUGAGUUUGGAGUUAAAGUAAUGAAAUGUAAACACGCCUACCAUCCGUGCUCAUUGUGUCCCAAAAUUAAAUCAUGGAUGUUUGCGACGGGAAAAAGAAGAGAAAGGUAAGCGGCGGCGGAGUGCGGGUUUGCAGGCGAAAUGUGGCCGGGAAGUCGAAACGAGAGGCGGCCAAAGUCCUCCGCUCCCUCACGGUGGAGGACAACAACAACUUCCCGGAGCCCAUGGAGGAAGCGAACGAAGAAGACUGCUUCUCCAUUAGCUUCCUCCGGACAGGUAGGACAGAGCCUGCCGUUCUGGUGCCGCCACGAUACACGCUGAUCCGGGAGGUUGGCCGGGGGAGCUACGGCGUGGUGUACGAGGCCAUUGCCCGGAAAACAGGAGCCAGAUUGGCGGUGAAAAGGCUCCAGUGCGACGCCCCGGAGAACGUCGAGCUGGCUUUGGCCGAGUUCUGGGCCCUGACCAGCCUGGAGAACCGACACCAGAAUGUGGUCCAACUGGAGGAGUGUGUCCUGCAAAGGAACGGCCUGGCCCAGAAGAUGAGUCAUGGCAACAAGAGAUCCAAACAAUACCUGAGGCUGGUGGAGACCUCACUGAAAGGGGAACGCAUCAUAGCUCAGCCAUCGGAACCGUGUUACCUCUGGUUUGUAAUGGAGUUUUGUGAAGGUGGAGACCUCAACAAGUACAUCUUGUCUCGGCGACCUGACCCUCAGACCAACAGGAGUUUCAUGCGCCAGUUGACAAGUGCAGUCGCUUUCCUGCACAGGAACAACAUUGUUCACCGGGAUCUGAAGCCAGACAACAUUCUAAUCUCACAGAAAUCGGGUGCACCAGUUCUCAAAGUUGCUGACUUUGGCUUAAGUAAAGUUUGUGCUUCCAUGAGUUCUAAGAACAUUGAGGAGUUGCCCACAGCUGGUGCUGGUGGCAGAGGGAGCAACCAGAACAACAUCGUUAACCUUAACAAGUUAUGGUUGUCCUCUGCUUGCGGGUCAGACUUCUACAUGGCCCCCGAGGUUUGGGAGGGCCACUACACGGCUAAGGCGGACAUCUUUGCCUUGGGCAUCAUUAUAUGGGCAAUGAUCGAGCGGAUCACUUUCAUUGACGCAGAGUCCAAACGAGAGCUGCUGGGCACAUACGUACGACAAGGCUCAGAGAUUGUGCCUGUUGGCGAGGCAUUGUUGGAGAACCCCAAGAUGGUCCUCCACAUUCCUCAGAAGGCCAGAAGCUCCAUGUCAGAAGGGGUGAAGAAACUCCUCCAGGAAAUGCUUGCUUUCAACCCUCAGGAGCGACCUGACGCCUGUCAGCUGGAGGUGCUGAUGGACCGGGUCACGUGUGCUGCAUGAAGGUCCAACCUUCUCAACCCUUCCCCCUUUUCCCCCUCAAAAUAGUCAAAAGAAGGGACCUCUUUAUUUUCCAGAUUUUCUUUUAACCGCAAUGAUGUGGACUCGAGACAGAGAAAGGGAAUCCGACAAUGCAAAACUGUGAAGAACACAACACCUUCAUUUGGUAUUGAUUUGAUCAGCUGCCUUGAUUGGGACCAGUAUGCAAACAACUUUUCCAGGACCACCCUUGAAACAAUCUUUACUCUGUAACUGUUGUUUUCUUCUUUACUUUUUUCAUGGUGAAUGUGAAAUGGCGAUGCUUUCGGUUUCCCAACGUUGUGCCUUAAAGAGGGUCUUCUAACACUGUAACAAUUAGUCACGCUCAGAGUUCUCAUCCCCUGGUCUUCCCAUGUGACUGUUUGACUGAGGACAGCCACACAGUGGCUAGCGAGUAGAGGGCAAGUGAAGUGAAGUGAAGUGAAGGGAAGGAAGAACAAGUAGAUAAGCAUACAAAGACUGUCGAGGCUUUCCAAAAGAUUUUGUUUGUAAACACAGAGUGCUCCAACAAUCCUUCACUCUCCAUUGUGCAUCUGACCAAACCAUGAUGUAGCAUUUCAUUUCAGUGACUCUGCAGUAGUGGUGGACUUCAAAGUAUUACCUUAUGUGGUCUGGAGCUACCUCAUUAUCAACACUCUUUACCUUUACACACUUGUUUAAAAAAAAAUCCUCAGGUUCUUAGCGAGUUAUUCAAUACGAAAUAUGCGUCUGACUAGUUUUCUUAUGGGUUUUGGACUUAGACAUACAUUAGCGUAGGGCUGGGUGAUUAAUCAAAAUGUAAUCGUGAUUUCGAUUUUGGCUUCUCACGAUCAUAAAAACGUUAUUAUUAUUAUCGGGGGUAAAAACGAUUGUGCCGCGGAGCGGGUUAUGUUCCAACGUGGUAAAUGCACCCUGCGUUGCUUGUAGCAAGCGUGUGACACAUGUUCCUUGCCCUGCCUGAGCGUACUUUAAGCUAUUUAUUGACACCCCAGAUGGAGUUUACUCUAAAAACUAAACGCACAACAAAAAUAAUUGCACACAUUGUAUAUUUCAAUACAAGAAACACAUCGUUUUAAAACUCGCCAGCUUAUGCUAACAAUUAAUUGAAAACCCUGUUGACGGGCUAGUUAACAUUAGCAUUACAUCACGGGAGGGACUUACCUUCAGAUAAUGAAUAUUCACACACAAGUGCCCUUGUAACACAUACAGAGAGACAAUGAAACCAUACUCACAGACAAAUAUUCUUCCUAAUCUGUGAAGAAUGACUUUUAUUGUGACUUUCUUCUUCUGCUCUUUUUUUUUUAUUUUUUUUUUAUAAUAAAUAAGCUUACUGUAAAUAUGCAGCUCCAUGCAUGUAUCGCACCACAUUGCCCCUAAGAGGCCAAUGCGCACAUAGCAGGAACAGCAGAUAAAGUCAUGGCUUUGUAUAAGCCUGACAUGAAAUCCGACAAAAUAAUUUCCUGUUAUAGGUCAAUUAGAUUACCAAAAUUAUUUCAAUUUGCUAAAUGCCAUAAUAUUGAAUGAUAUAUUUUUUGCAGAAAAAUAUAUAUAACAGACAAUACAGUCACCCCAGGCAUGCCAAUGUUUUUAGCCAUGGCUGUAUUUAUUUAUAUUGAUCGCUUUUAUUUCAAUUUUUAAAUAUAUUAUUUUACUUGACUAAUUUAUUUUCUGGUUCUUUUUAAGUUAUAUUUAAAUUUGAGUCGUGGUAGUUACAUAAAUACUAAGUUUCGAAUCAAUGUAAAAUUGUCUUUAUUAAUCGUGAUUUAAAUAUCAAUCAAAAUAAUCGGCCAGCGACUCCAACUACCGGAGGAAAAUUCCUUGUGCGUUUUUGGCAUACUUUGCAAAUAAAGAUGAUUCUGUUUCUGAACAUCGUGAUUAUUCUUCUUUCCAUAAUCGCCCAGCCCUACUUCAGCGCUCAUUAACAUCUUUCUUGCCCUCAACGUGGUCACCUUAUUGUAAUCUACUUCCUAUAAUGUGUUGUGAUUGUACAUUUUAGCCAAUGUGAAGACAAUCUCCAAAACUAAAUGGAAAUACAGUAUAUGGUCCGUUUCAUCGACAACCGUUAUGCACAUGAAUUACACACACACACACACACAAUCCGGAUCAACAAUGUAAUCAUGCUCUAUUGAUUUACAAAGGAUUAGUUCAACAUCAUUAUAAUGUAAUAAAACGCAGAAAGCUCCUUAAUCCUUGUAGGAUUUUUUUCCAAAAUUUCAAUUUUCCAAAUUCAGUGAAAAAUGGUCUUUUGCCUCUUGCUGUUUUUAUAAAAAUGUAGAUCAAAACUUCUUCUCAACAUUAUUCAUUGAGGUGUUUGUUUGUUUUGUUUUACUUUGCUGUGGUUGAUGCAGUGCUCAAGUGUAGGUCUUUAAGGAUCAUAAAAAUAAUCUUAAACUUGAGUUUAAGCUUGUUGUCUCUAUUUUCUUUCAAACUCAUCGUUCAGGGUGGUUCCACUUGAAAUAAAAAAAAACCUUCACACUAUGCAAAAUGUUUCACUGCCUCACUGGGAACAAUUCACAGAUGUGUGUGUGUGCGUGUGUGUGUGUGUAAUAAGUCUUAUGUAUGAAGAUGUUCCUCUCAGUGCAUUUUCCCCACUGUAUACUGAAAUGUAUUUUAUGUACAUCAACAAGUCUUUUGUUAGUGAAGUCUACGCGAACCAUUUACAUGUUUAUGCUUUUUGUUCUCUUGUAAAUAUAUGACAGUUUCUUGAAAUAAAUGUUCCAAAUCGA